UGGCGCUGUGAGGGAUAUAACGCAACUCAAACUUUCAUUGCCAGCAGACCAAAUUCUAUGGCAUCAGAUAGAGCGAAAAUAGCGAAGGAUCAGGGCAAUGCAGCCUUCAAGACGGGUGAUUACCCAGCUGCGAUCGGCCAUUAUACAUCCGCAAUUCUUGCGAAUGCCGAUGAUCCGACAUUUCCUCUCAACCGUGCAGCAGCGUACUUGAAACUAGGCAAGAACGAGGAUGCAGAACGAGAUUGUACGACCGUUUUGAAGCUAAGCCCCAACAAUGUAAAAGCUCUGUUUCGGAGAGGUCAGGCUCGAAUAGGUCUCAGUUGUUUAGAUAAAGCCCAUGCAGAUUUUGUCAGGGCAUCCGAAUUGGAGCCCUCCAAUCAGUCUGUGAAGCAGGAGCUUGUAGAAGUCGAUAAACUAAUUCAACAGCAAAAGCAGAGGCAUGAUAGUGCAAACACUACUCGUCCGUCAGGGGUUGCCCCAACGAUAAAGCGGAGGCGCGUUCCAAUACAGAUCGUUGAGGAUGCGUCUAGAGCGUCGCAUCAUCAUGGUGCAGAGCUAGCAGUAGAAGAUGCUGAAAAGCAGCUUGAAGGUUUCGGAGACAAUGGGUUGCUGCAGCCAAUUUCUUCCCGGGUGUUACCUCGGAUUAAUGAACCAAGCAUCAAAACACAUCAGAGCACUUCACCAGCUCCACAAAAGCAAACUACUCCAGCGAAAAUGGAUAGUUUCAAAGACGCUAAGCAGUUACGAGACACUGCAAAGCCAUCACGCGUUGGUGGGGGGAUAUUCCGACCAUCUGGCAACCAUACACUGCUUGCUAGGGACGAUAAAAUGUCUGGCGCCAUUCCAGUAACCAACUCGCUUGCAGCCAUGAUAAACACUGUCCAACAAGCUCCUAUGACUCUCUUUGACUUCACAAAGAUGUGGGAGUCGCACAUGAUAGACGAAGAUCGUUGGAAUAUCCUCUCUGGAAUACCACCAUUGUCCCUUCCUAAGAUGUUCCAAGCAUCGCUAGAGCCAGUUUUGCUCUCAUCAAUACUUCACCAUUUUGAACGAGUCAUAGAUCUACAAAUCGCGGCUCCUAGUGAUGUGCGUGAAUAUUUGGUAUCGUUAUCGAAGGUCCAGCGGUUCGGCACGAUCAUGCUAUUCAUGAACAAGGAGGAGAAAAUGCUUCUCAAGAAGCUUUGGGAGACAUGUGGAAAGCUUGAUAACCUGAUUGUCGCGUAAAUAGUCACUACAUAAUGCACUCAUUGCACUGUCUUUCAUUUAUGUAACGGACUCAGAAAUGUUAUCCGCUUUCAGCAACUCUGCG